AUUAAAUUCACAUACAAUGCAAGUUAUACCUGAAUAUGAACAAUCAAAUACAUUAGAUAGUGUAUCAUCUGUAAGACAUUUACUUGAUUCAUCUCCAUGGUUAACAAAUGGAAAUCGAUUACAUCAUCAUCACCCAUAA